GCCUCUCUUGCCUCUCAGCCACGUCGUCGCUAUGUUGACGCACAACUUCAGACAGAUUGGAUAAUUCCUUAAUCACCUGAGAGGGAAUCCGGAAUGUGGCGUCCAACCAUGACAUUGACGUUGUUUGCUCCGCCCUCAUCCCCAGGUACCUCCAUCGAACUUUUCGGCCAUUGACAGUACAGGCUCCCGCCACUUUCUCUUCGACUCUCACCGCCACUUAGAUUGCAUGCAAUACGACCUGAUCCCUUCUGGGUAAACCGUAAUGUCAGGCAAGCGCAAGAAACAGGCCAAACCCCCACCGGCCGAUGCAGAUGACGAUGGUAACGACAGAAAGCGGGCGCGGGCAUCGGUUAAACGUGGAAGAAAAGUAACACAAAGCAAGGAGUCGGACGCUCAACACUAUCUCCAGGAAAUGCCGUUAAACCUUCUUUACCAGAUUUUUAGCCACCUUGAACCUUACGAUCUGGUGAUAAUUUCGAGGACAUGCAAACAACUUCGGCAGAUUAUCUUGAAUCAUUCAGCUACUACCGUUUGGACAACCGCUCGUGCCAACGCUGGCUUGCCAGAUCCCUUUCCGACAAUGAGCGAACCAGCUUUUGUCAGUUUACUCUUCGACCCUAAUUGUCAUUUCUGCGGAAAUGUCGCUCGAGGCCAUGUCAAAUGGUCAGCACUUGUUCGCGUUUGCAAAGACUGUUUAUCGAAAGAGUUUGCACCCCUAGCCUUCAUUUCAAACGGUGAACAACUCCCGCCGGCUCUGCUCAACACAUUACCUCAAUACUACGACAGCUCUUCGAAAGCCACGUAUUACCUUAAAGAUCUCAGCAAGCAAUUUGUCGAUGAAUAUCUUUCGCUAUCUAGUGAGGAUGCCGAAACCUGGCUUUCCCAGAAGGUCGAGAUGUCUGAGCGUGUGCAGGAGCGGGUAGGUGAUUGCAAAACGUGGUUGUCGGCUCAGCAAGGAAAGCGCAAACUGGGGCUAAAGGAGGCUAGAGUGGAUCGGAUAAAUGCAAUCACUCGAAGAGUUCAAGAACUUGGAUGGAGCCCAGUCCUUACCUUGGAUGUCGAGUUCCGUAACCACAGGCUGGUAAACCAAACAAAGCCUUUGACGGAAGCUGUUUGGGCCAAAAUCAAACCUGAAAUUGAAUUCUUCCUACCUUCGCUCCACGAUAAAGUGCUCUUGAAGCUGAAGAAAGACCGCUUCCGUGUCCUCCAACAUCUACUUCGGAGCUGGGAUGACCAGCAGACCUAUACGUUUGUAACGCCAUCGCAUCACGAUAUUGGCUUAUGGGAGCCCUUUAAAUCGGUUAUUGAAAGUCUACCGCUGGACGGAGGCUCGGACCCAUCGAUUUUCAACGAUGCAUUACAGCAGUUAUCCACCUUAGUCGAGGAAUGGAAUCGCAAGCAGACCCAAAAGAUACUUGGUGCUCUACGCGAGUACCAACCCGACGCUACCGAAGCCGACCUCCAUCUCUCAACCUCCCUAUUCAAUUGCCCUCAUUGUACCCCUCGUGAUAUUGAAGACGGUGGGGUGAGGAUCUUCGGAUACCCAGCGGUGUUGUUACACAACUGUUGGACUACGCGAAACGGAUCGAAGUCCAGAGAUUUCGAUUUCGAGGCGCCGGAAUGGUAUUACAAGGAUGGGCACUGGCAUGAUGCCCCUUCAGUCGUAGCUCGGGUUGAAGUGGAUUAUGAAGCGGUGGAGAUUACGAAGAAGAUUGGAGCGGUUUAUGGGAUCGAUGUUACUUCAACGCGGAUGUCUACGAUGAUGGCUCUCAAUCCUCUCUUACAGUAUGCGUUUCGCGGGGAAAAGGUUUUUACAGCCUGGGGUAACAAGGUCUGCGUACAACGCGGUUGGGAGGGCAUCGAGGCUCUAACUGAAGACCUCAUCUUGGAGGAAGACAUUUUACAAAAGAAAGCAUGUUUGGUUUCGGAUCGGAACAACAUGAAACGGUAUUAUCUGUGCAAGGAAUGCCCUUCGUUCCGGUCUUCGUUGCAAAAUGUAAAAAGGCAUUUGAAAGAGACGCAUAAGAUUGAGUUCGUGCGCGAGCAACAUUGGGAUUUUUCGCCGUUGGCGAGUUUGGACACUGUUUUUUCGACGUAUCGUCUCCGAGAGCGCAAGCCUGGGGGUUAAAGUCCUUUUGGGUCAUUUUAUCAACAUAAACUCUCGACCUUGGGGUGCAUAAUCCUUGGCCCCACGGAACCUUGCGUAUUUCUGGUCAAGGUCUAAUAUUGCAUACAUGUUUAUCGUUUAGCCCAUAUUCCUCGAAACCCAGUUCGACUCGGAACCUCUGGUACUGUACCUUUUACUUAUGUCGCGGCUGUAUAAGGAAACGCUGUCGUUGUAUACGAGGACUCGCCCUGUCUAGUUUUGUUUGCUCUGUUC